AUGAUGUCUUCUGGAUAUACUAAACUCAGUUUAACAGCUGGUAUACUCGAAUUUAAUCCUCAACUAGCUGGUCAAGAUAUAACUCCGGCUAAUCUUGAAUUUGGAACAAUAGCAUCACGACGUCGUGAUCGUCGAGAAAAAUCUUUUAGUGGUGUUUCUGGUUUUCAAGCUCAUCACUCUUCAUAUAGUGCUGGACCUCGUAGAUCAUCAUUUAUAGCAGGUGCUGAUGAAUUAAUGCCAUCGACACAUCAUUUACAAUCACUUGAUCCGUAUCAAUCCAGUGUUGAAUAUCGAUUACAAGAAUUAACUAAACGAUUAGUAACAUUAGAAACAAAACUAAGUGAAGAUGUUUCUUCUGUACUUACGAUUUUACAACGUCAAUUUCCUCCUAAUUCAUUAGCUCCUUCAUCAUCUGCUGAUACAUUGAAAGCUAAUAGCUGA